AUGGCUUCAUCUUAUCAACAUGUUUAUAACGAUCCAGCAAUUGAAUAUUUAUCGCCUCCUACAUUAGAUAAAAAGAAUUAUAAUCCUUAUACAUAUUCACAUUUACAUUGUAAAGAAUCAUCACUACCACCGAUACUACGAUUUGGACCAGAUAUCAAUAAAUAUAAUCGUUUUCGUACAAUUAGUCUUGUAUUUACUAGUGAUUAUUUGAUUGUGCCAUCGAAUUAUUUUCAAAAUUUAUCUAAAUUAUUUAUCAAUACAUACGUGGAACGUAUUAUUGAUAUUAAACUAAGAUUUACUAAUUUUAAACGAUUAACGUUUAAAGAAUACUCACUAGCAGACUUGUACGAUAAGAAACAUUUGACAAAAAAUUUGUGGCUAGACAUUAUACCACAACGAACAAAUAUGACGACUCUGAACAGUGAAGAACAAGAGAAUUCAACAGAGACAAUCGUUCAAACUUCUAGUCCAUUUGAAUUUGAUUCAAAUUGUUGGAGUGGUUUGUCGCUAUCAUUAUUUACUUUGUACAUUCAAACGCCCACUGAUCGUUUAUCAAGUAAUUAUCCAUUCGAAUAUUUAUUUAAUAAUACCAAAAUAGAUGAAUUACACAUUACUGGUAGUAUCAUUGUUCCAUCGCCAAACAUUAGUCAAACAACAUUUAACGGUCUAAUUCGUACACUAAAACUUCGUCGUCGUGUCGAUGUAAUCGAUUCACAUGAAUUUCCAUAUUAUUCACAAACAAUUGGUGUAAAAUCGUAUACUAUCGAAGCAUUAGGUUCAUCUCAGAUGAAUUUAACAGAUUUUCAACAUUAUUCUAAUUUACGUGGAUUAAUAUUGAUUCAACCAAAUUUUCCUGUUCGUAUCCAUGUUUUUUUAUCUGCAUUAGACACAUUAGUAUUCGAUGUUGAACGAAUUUAUUCUACAUCUUUAAUAGGAGCUAAAAAUAUUAAUUAUUUAAAAUUAGGUAAUCGUCUACGUACAAUUGAUCCGUUUUCAUUUCGACCAUUACAUCGACUAAGUCGACUUGAUUUAUACGAUGUUGAUUUAUCUCAAUUGACAUUAGAUACUAGAUGUAUUCUAACAGAAUUUAUUCAAGAUAAUAAACAACAUUUAUUGAUUAUUUAUCCAUUUACACAAAUAACGUCAUAUUGUGAAUGUACACAAUUAUUUUUCGAUAUUACAAGAUCAAAAAAAUUAUUAAGUGAUGAGAAUAUAGUAUGUGCAAAACGUUGUCGAUUCUCUAAUUGUCUGAUAAUAAAUCAAUUUUUUCGAAUAAUGAUACCAUUAGAGAUAGUUAAAGAUAAAGAAAGGAAUAUGAAAAAGAAUGAUGAUAACGAUAUUUUAAUUGUCGAUCAUGAUCAUAGACCGGAUGAUAUUGAUUUUUUGGAACCGGUUGAUAUCGUCACAGAAAUUCUAAAUACAAUGCAAGAAAAUUUAACAUUACCAGUAGACAAGGGAACGAAUAGCCUAAAGUCUAUUGAGCAACAUAUCAAUCUAGUCAAUUCAACAUUAUCAACGUUAGUCGCUGAUUUAGAUGUGGUGGAAUCAUUCGCAAAUGAAGAUGAAUAUUAUGAUCUUGCUCAAAUUACACCCACUCCAAAAGUGAUAGAAUCCACCACGAAAUCAUCUCUUAUUGAUCAAUACUCUACUCAGAGAGGUACAUCUCAUUUUCCGUUAAAAUCGUCUGUUACUGUUACCCAUAAAAGUCGUUUAUAUCUGAAUAUCAAUGAAGAUUCAUUAACUAUUUCUACGACAAUCCUGCCACUUCCGCAUUUCUUAUCAUCUGAACAAUCGCCGCUGUCACACUCUUCGUCCAUUCAAAUUCCUGUUUACUAUAUUCCAAUUGCCUUUAUCGCCGGUGCAUUAAUUAUUGGUUUAGUUGCGAUAUUAGUGACAAUUCUUGUGAUGAGAAAACGCAGUCGUUACGGAUUUGACCCUGUACCUGCUCAGGCUACGCAUGUUUAG